AUGAUCAGAUUUGCUUGUAGUACACAUCUUUUUAAAAAGAAUAAUAUUUGUAUUAAAAGUUUUGAAUUUUUAAAAGUUUUUAAAAUUAAAGCUUUCAAAAAUGGGAUUGAUAAAAAAAAAAUUGUAGCUGAAACACAGGGAAAAGUUACUGUAGAUCAGGCCUUACAACAUUUUACAAAAUCGGAACUUUUUUUUCUUUUCUUCGUUCCUUUUACAUUUGUAUCUGCUUACAUUUAUUUUAUGUGGACUAUUUUCAAGUAUAUCUGUGACAUUCAAGAUAUACAGCAUUUGAUAAAAAAAAUUCGUUGGAUGAAUGGCAAGGAGUCUUAUCCCUUUGAGUACCUCAAGACUGAGCAGAACCUCCCGCGCCAGGAACCUAUCAUCGUAGCUAUAAAGAAAUUCGAAUAG